AAUAAUCAGCAUUUAAUACAGCCAUGGUUGGAUCUAGAUGUAUAAAUCAAAAAGUUCUUGGAAUGGUGUUUUUAUAGUCGAUUCCAAAAUAUAAGUCCCAAUUAAUCUUUCUACUGAAUGUAAACAAUCAUUUAAUGACAAGACUGCAUGGAGGAACAAACAAAGUCCAGGAAGCAAUAGAAAAUUUCCAGGAAGUAAAAGUAAAACUGGACAGUAACAUCCCCAGUGUUAUUAUCUCUUCCUGAUGGGCCUAAAUGAACACUGCACUAAAUGUUCAUUUAACCCUUGUUAAUUGUCAGCAACAAAAUGGCUUUGGAUAUCAUAAAUUAAAUAAUGUUUUAGAGACUUUCUAGAACCAUCCACAAAAAAACAUUUUCAAGCAAAAACAAAUGCAAUCAGAUCUUAAUAUUUUCAUAAUCUGUCAGCGCGCUGCAAUUACUGAUUGUAGCACACAAGCUGUUGCACCCAGUUCAUCAGACACUCUUCUGCAUUCAAGGGUGAAUUAUUAGUGCAGCAUUGAGGCCGACAGGGUAGUAGCGCAGUAGCAUAUUCAGUCACAUACUUCGACAAUAGGAUUUUUCAACAUCUCAGAGGCACUAAUGCAUAGAACCAAUCACUGAUUGCAAUAUGUCCCAUCAACCAAUAACUUAUAAACAUUGAUUCUUUCACCAAUACACAUUUCUAAAACUCAUUUCUAUUCUCAUCUAUUCUGAUAAAACAGUGUUCUAUUAUGAACAUAUUGAUAUGCAAACACUCAUGAUGCUGCAAUGAAUAUGCAAACUGGUCUAUGUUGUAAGUUGGGGAAUUCUAGCAGGCGUCUGUUAGCUAGUGUACUUCCACUUAAAAAAAGUUUGCAAUUGGUAACAUUGGCCAUUAUAAUAUAACUGUAAAUGUAGUACACCAUUGCAAUGCCAGUGGUAUUACUGGUAUUACUAUUAUUCACCACAUGGAUAAUAUCUGGUCAGUGGCUGUCUUUCAGUACACUCAGAAAAAACCUAAUUGUUCCUUUUCUUGUCAUUGGUGGUAUCAUUAAGGCUAAAUCUUUUGUUCUGUAAGGUCCAUUUAUGUACAUUAGAUACUAAACACUAAAGGAUGUACCCUUAAACCAACCAACCUAGUUAGAAGGAAAGGCGUUUGGAGAGUAAUGUAGUGCCUCUUCUUUGCUGAUGUCAACAAACAGAUGGACUGCAGUAAUUUUAUGCCAAUAAAAGGCACCUAUAGAGAAGGUGGUCAAUGAAUAACUUGAACACAUGUUUAUUGUAUUCCUCAGGACUGGAGUUUACUAUGUGCAGGAAUAAUGUAUGAAAUCAGUUAUAUGCUCCUUCAUCACCUGUCAUUUGGAUAAAUAUCGGCUACACAUGAUUUAAUUGUGAAUAUUAUUUUUAAUGUCCUCGUGGGAUUUCCCCAGCAGAAUUUUUAAUCAAGUCUGUGAUGAUAACAGAUAACACUGUGUUUUCUUGAUGCAUGCAGGUUGUCUAUACAGGACACAGUCAGGUGGUUAGGUGAUGGGCUCUCAGUGCAGCCCACGCGCUGGGGGGUUUCUUGUUGCUGAGUAAAGUGGGCGGGUUUAUGAUGCUGUGAGAUUCCACCUGACGUCACGGGGAACGAGGCCGCGCGCAACCGCGCCUAUAAAAGCCUGCCUCAGCUCUCCAAUGGACUUUUAGUGUCAGUGCAGCUUCACAGGUGGACAAGAAGACAACCGUGUAUUUAUCGUCUCUACUAUACGAUCCAGCAUGAUCACAGGAGCUUAAACUUUUCUCUUCGUCUGUGUUUUAGAUUUCAGAAAGAACGAUGCCAGAGCAGAGCAACGAUUAUCGUGUGGUUGUGUUCGGGGCUGGUGGGGUUGGCAAGAGUUCCCUGGUCCUGCGUUUUGUGAAGGGAACUUUCCGUGAGAGCUACAUCCCCACCAUUGAGGACACAUACAGGCAGGUAAUCAGCUGUGACAAGAGCAUCUGCACCCUUCAGAUCACAGACACCACAGGUAGUCACCAGUUCCCUGCCAUGCAACGCCUGUCCAUUUCCAAGGGUCACGCCUUUAUCUUGGUCUACUCCAUCACCAGCAAGCAGUCUCUGGAGGAGCUAAAGCCCAUCUUCGAACAGAUCUGCCAGAUUAAAGGUGAUGUGGAAAACAUUCCUAUAAUGCUGGUUGGCAACAAAACUGAUGAGACCAGUGGCCGCGAGGUAGAGACCGGUGACGGGGAGGCCAUGUCCAAGAGGUGGAAGUGUGCCUUCAUGGAGACAUCAGCCAAAACCAACCACAACGUAAAAGAGCUCUUUCAGGAGCUGCUGAACCUGGAGAAACGCAGGACUGUCAGCCUCCAGAUUGAUGGCAAAAAGAACAAGCAACAGAAACGUGCUGAGAAGCUUAAGGGAAAGUGUGUUGUCAUGUGAGGGAUCAAAAGAGGACGUGUCUGGAUUCAGUCAGGGGAAAACCAAGGAUUCAAGCUUUAACAAUGUAGCAGGUCUGGCUAACACCUUUCCCACUUCACAAAGAAAGAUUUGCACGUAUAACCAUAACACUUUGUCUUGGGAGAAGUGAUUUCUUGAGUGAAGUGAGUGUUGGGGUUACUGACAGUAACCUCACAAUUUACAAAAAAAAACCUUGGAGAAUCAUUCAGAAGUUAAGCCACUUCCAUCCUGUGCUGCUCUAAAAGACAUCAUUCCCUGAGCUUGUCACUAAUAGGAUUUAGUAUCACAAUCUUGCAAGUUGGCGCCAGAUAUUAAAACACAACAGCAGUGUUUAAUGCUUUGCCACCACUUUCAUGCGCUCAUACUGCACAGUUCAGGUGUAACUGCAAACUGCAAGGAUCCAGUAAUAUUGGUUGCUGUGGAAAACGAGAAUAAGAUGAUUAAAGUAUGGACGAAGGUGGAAUUUUAGACAUCAGUUUAAAUAUUCUGCCCCUGACAUGUAUGCUCUACAAAGCAAUAUGUAUACAGGUUUUACAGAUCUGAGUAUUUUGAAAUGGCAAUGAAUUAACCAUAUAAAAAAUGAAAAGUGGAAAAACAAAGAAGCUGCUGAUUUCUGGUCACAAACACAGUUUAAAUCAUAUGAAGUUCACCCUUUAAUGGAAAUAUAUACGGUUAUAUAGAUGAAUGUCUUUUGACAAUUGUAUUUUUGUGGCUUUGUGUUAGCCUCCAAUGACAUAGUACAAGUAAUUUAAAGUAAACUGGGAGGAUGACGAUCCUUUAUAUUCCAUAUAUUUCUAGUAAUAUUUCAAAUAUUUAUUAAUCUUUUUAAUAUUGUACACAGUUUAGCCUUCACAAAUUAGGCCUUAUUGCAUUGAAUCUCUGAAGAUAACUGCAGUAGUAAUGGUGUAGGAGAUGGAGUUCACUGGUUAGAUGAGCAUUUUCCCAACUAAGGACAAAUAACAUAUAUUCUAACAUAUCUCUUAACAAUGACAGAUAUUAAAGUAUGAUUUUGUUCUGCCUGAGAUAUGUCAUAUUUGUUUUAUUAUUAAGAUCAAUAAGAUUGAGCCAGUGCUUUAAUUUAAGGUUUGAUUAUGCUGAUUUCCAAAUUAAGAGUACUCAAGAUGUUUACAGAUUAUAGUAAAAGCUUGAUCUAUCACUCAUAGCCAGUGUGUGUGUUCACAUAGGACCCACUGAAGGCAAAUGAAUCACUAUUUAAAUACCAACCUUGCUUUUUGUGAUGGUGAUUCACUAAAAAAAAUAAUAGCAGAUGUUCUUAUCCCAGAUGCCUCAUUUAGACAAAUAAUAACCUUGAGUGCCAGUAUUUUGAAUUUGUUACUGAAUGUGGAUUUUAAAGGUCAGUCCACUUAAAAAAAUGUUAGUUAGUGUAUUUUCUGAAAUCAUUAAGUGGCCUUUGUGAUUGGUGCAUGUGGUGACUGAUUUAAGUGGAUAAGUCCAAUGAAAAUGGUUAUAGUUUAUAAACUAUAUAUAAAGCUUAACAGCAGGAUUGCAUGAUUCCGGCAGCAGCAGCAGCAGGAAAGAGCUUCAGACGAUGACUGUGCAAACUAAAACUAACUAACAAACCAUACACUAUACUUAACAACCAGCCGGAUAUGUUUUCUAUAGGUCUAAAAUCAAAUAGCCUCUUUAAUAUUUAUGAAUGGAUUAACAUAUAUGUGUAGUUUUAGCAUGAUGGGUCUUGUACUUAUAACGGUAGGCUUUGACAGCUAGCUUAUAUUGCUGCUACGGCGGUCUCUUUAUAACAUCAGUAAUGCUCAUGGUAUGACAGAUACAGUGCACUAUUUAUUUAAGUGAUAUAUUGUCACAGGAAUGUCACUAGUAUGGUUAAAACAAAAAGGAAAAGAAUGAAAAUAGAUUAUUGCAGUCACAGUAGAUAAACAUAUCCUCUAAACUAAAAUGUAGUCACGGUACCAGCGUGUCAAAAAGAGUUGAUGGUAUGUGUUACUUAGGACAGGAAAGAACCUAGAAUCACAAAUGAAUUCAAUGUAAUCUGUUAGUUUGCUAUGAUGGAACUGUAAAAUAAAUAUAUGAAAUGAUGUAAUAUUGUUUUGAUGAACUGCCUGUAAAACAUCAUGUGUGCCUAAAAGUUUAUAUAGUACUGUAAAUAAAUCAGAAAAUAAAGAUAGUUCUCCAUUUGAA